AGACUUAUAAUUAUUAACUUACUCAUUUAUACUUUAGCAUAUGGAAUAGUUCACCGCUAAAUAAAAUAGUAUACUUCAAUUUUUUUUAUUAGUAGUUGUUAAAUGGAAAUUAUCUUUCUUUGUAGUCCUUAGAAAUAUAAGACGGUCUACUAUCACUUUCUUUAGCUUAAACAUUGAUUGUGUCAAUGGUUUCUAUUUCUAAGUUGUGUUUAGUGAUUUAGUUCAUUAGUUUAUUUCUCAAUUUUCAGUGUUGCUGCUCUUUCAAUCGGAAUUGAAUUUACAGUGAUACUAUUCUACCCAAAUUAGUAUGGAACGCUUGCAAUCGGUAUAGAAUAUACGUUUCAUUAUCUUCUAUUUCGCCGUUUUAUUUCACGCGCUUCCAAAAUUCGCUCAUUGUUAUUUUGAGUCACAGAAUCACCACAUCGUUUUUUAUGUGAAGGAAUCGGGUACCUAUUACUAACAAGGGUAUAACCAGUUAGAAUGAUGGCAAAAAGACAGUCACUAUAUUCUAUCAAAAUCAUGUCUAUUCUCUUGAUUUUCUUCUGAAAUAUAGCUAUUAAGCCAAUAAACCCUAUAUAUAACCAUUGUUAUUGUCUUUCACUGAUCUUGGGGGAAAUUUCACCAUUUUGGGUGGAUUCAAAUGCAUGUUGUCAUAUAUAUAUAAGCAGAUAUAGAUUUUGUAUGGAUGAUGGUAUACAUAUAAGUCAAAGGGUUAAUUUUACUAGUAAACCCUUUCACAAAAUGUGUUAAUUUUACUUUUAUGAGGGAAACAUUAACAGAAACAAACAAGCUUCUUUUUUUGGUAAAAUGUUAAAUGAAAGCAGCUUCUUCUAAUCAUUGUGUUGAGUUAUUGUAUCAUCAUGAUGCAUUAUUAUGACAUUUCAUUGCAGCAUUGAAAGAGGAAUUGACCAAAUUAAAUAAAUAUUAACAUUAAUGAAGACCCAUAUUUUAGACUACGUCACAUGUAUAUAUCUCAUCUUUCUCUUUCAGUUUCAUACGUAUCUAAUCUAACCCUAGAUUUGGUUUAUGCACUGAUCUGUGUAGAUAUUCUUAAAACAUUCCAAAUUUAUAAUUUUGUAACAGAUAACACAGGGAAAUGUCAUAACUUUAGUAUGAUUUUCUUCCGACCAAACACUUAACGUCUAAUGGCCGGAUUUAAACGCUCAGUUAUGUAAGUUGUUAGAAGCAUAAGAGAAGUCUUUUUUUAUGAAAAUAAAACAAUAGCCAACUCAAAUGGAUCGGACCCUUUCAUGAUCUUCUCCUUUUCCCUUACUUUACAUAUUUUUUUCAUAUUUUAGACUUGACUCGAAUCUUACAUUUUGAAAAAAUGAGAGGUGAAAUAUUCAUUCUAAAUAUUGGUGGCUCAACUAGUGAAAGACGUUAUUUUACAGUUGUCGAUUAUAAAAUCAAUUUAUUUUUUUGGUAUUACAUAGGUUUGCUUCUUAUUAAACCGUUGUCUAUAGUAAAAAUAAGAAAACAUCGAUCUCCAAUCUACUACAUUCGAAAUGUCUCUCAAAAGUUUUAGUUGCAAACCCAUACAAUCAGAAAAAUAUCUAAGGGAAACUAAGACGCGAAAACCAAGCUUCUUACAUCAUCUCAAGAGAAAAACUAUGUUUACAAUUUUUUUAACAGAAAAUAGCCAUAAAAACCUUAAACUUUCAAAUUAAAACAAAAAAACUUUGAACUCAUGUUCGAACAAAAACAUACUCCAACUUUUAAAUAUCAGCUUUAACUCUCAUUUUAUGUUGAUCAGGUCAUUUUAGAAACUUGAAAGUCAACUGUUUAACCCGUAAACGUCUGUUAAUUAAACAAUGUCAUUUUAAAAACCGAUUAAACAUUAAUGAAAUGAUGUUGUCUUACAUCUGUAAACAUUUAAAUCAUCCCCUUUUUCGCGAAACCUAAGUUUUCUAAUUCUCUAAUCUCUCAGUCUUCUAAUCUCCAAAACACAUAGCCAUUGAUAAUGCAAAAGAUGGCUAGAAAGAUGGGGUACUUCGGGUACGUCGUAGUGAGAGAUCUUAAGUCGAAAGUGUUAGGGAAACUACAAUUAAACAAAGUCGAUGAAGAAGAUGAUAAUGAAGAUGAUAGUGAGACUAAUGAGAAUAAUAAUGAAGCUGAGAAUAAUGAUAUUGGUGUUGAAGACAAAUUUCUAAGCAAACAUUUAUGGUUUAAUAGUUGACUUUCCGAGUUUUUAAAAUGGUUGAGUCAACACAAAAUAAAAGUUAAAAUGUCCAACAUUUAAAAAUUAAAGUAUUUUUAGGCUCAACACAUGAGUUGAAGGAUUUUUUGCUUUAAUUUGAAAGUUCGGGAUUUUAUUGGUUGUUUUCUACUCUUUUUGAUAAAAAAUUGUGACAUGAAUAAUCAAUCAUACAGUAUUAUUAUAAGUUUUUCUCAAACGAGAUUCUAUAAAAGUUGAAAGGAACCGAAAUAAUUCAGUAAGCAAAUGGCAACAACCUCAAUGUAAUAGUUUUCUAUGAAUUUCAUUCUUAAGCCGCUACAAGCUUAUCAUUUGAAGAUUUUUGAAGUUAAACUAAAAGACUAUACUAAUCAAGUUUUUUUUUUUUGUAUAUUCGAAUACAAAAGGCCAAUUUGCUUGAAACUCUUCUCUAUUUAAACUCUUUAUUCUCAAUCCAAAUAGACACAAACCAAAUCCACAUCUUUUCUUGCCCUAAAACUCGUCCCGCAAACAAGACAAGUAUAUAUAACACUAAACACUCCCAAAAAGAUGUGUACUAACCAGAACACAAAUUGUGUCAGCAUCUCAAGUAUGCUUCCAAACUUCACCCCGAAGGAAGACGACAUGUUCUCCCGGCGUUGCAUCUGGGUUAACGGGCCGGUAAUCGUCGGGGCCGGUCCAUCGGGCCUAGCUGUUGCCGCCAGCCUAAAACGCCAAGAAGUUCCUUAUAUAAUCCUCGAGCGAGCUAACUGCAUAGCCUCUCUGUGGCAAAACAGAACAUAUGAUCGUCUCAAGCUUCAUCUUCCCAAACAAUUCUGUCAAUUACCCAAUCUACCCUUCCCCGAUGACUUCCCGGAAUAUCCAACGAAGUAUCAGUUUAUUCAGUACCUUGAGUCAUACGCAACCCACUUUGAUAUCCAACCUAAGUUCAACGAGACUGUACAGUCAGCUAAAUACGACAAGAGGUUUGGGCUGUGGAGGGUCAAGACUGUUUCGAGGAAGGGGCUGCUUAGUUCUUGUGAGUUCGAGUAUAUUUGCAGGUGGCUGGUGGUGGCAACGGGAGAAAAUGCUGAGAAAGUGGUUCCAGAGUUUGAGGGUUUAGAGGAUUUUUGUGGUGAUGUUCUUCACGCUAGUGAUUAUAAAUCCGGCGAAAUGUACCGUGGAAAACGAGUUCUGGUUGUUGGAUGUGGAAACUCCGGCAUGGAGGUCUCUCUUGAUCUAUGCAACCACGAUGCAAGUCCGUCAAUGGUCGUUCGUAGCUCUGUUCAUGUGUUGCCGAGAGAGAUUCUUGGGAAGUCUACAUUUGAAAUAGGUGUAACAAUGAUGAAAUGGAUGCCGGUUUGGCUCGUGGAUAAGACUCUGCUCCUUCUCACCAGGUUAAGUCUGGGGAAUACGGAUAAGUACGGCCUUAAGAGGCCGGAACUUGGACCGUUAGAUCUGAAGAACACCGCCGGUAAAACUCCAGUUCUAGAUGUCGGAGCCUUUUCUAAAAUCAAAUCAGGAAAGAUCAAAAUCGUUCCCGGAAUCGUCAAGUUUGGGCCCGGGAAGGUUGAGCUAGUGGAUGGCCGAGUUUUGGAGAUAGAUUCAGUCGUUCUUGCGACUGGUUACAGAAGCAAUGUCUCUUCAUGGCUUAAGGAGAACGACUUGGCGGAGAUUGGGAUAGAGAAUAACCCGUUUCCAAAAGAGUGGAAAGGGGAGGCUGGAUUGUAUGCGGUGGGGUUCACGAGAAGAGGACUCUCAGGUGCGUCGCUUGAUGCCAUAAGUGUGGCUCAUGAUAUUGCUAAUGCGUGGAAAGAAGAAACUAAGCAACAUAUUAAAUCUGUGGCUGCUCUUCACCGUCGUUGUAUCUCACAGUUUUGAAUUUUAACCAAUUAAGAGGUUAAGAAUGGGAGAAAAGAGACAGCUGAAAGUGUUUUCUGAUGUGAAAAAAAAGAAAGGGAAAAAAAGAUAAAGCCCACUCCCUGGAAGAAACCCACACCAAAA